CGGUUUGUAAAAAAAAUCACACAUGGAUCACCCACGGCCGUGUGGCUGCAAAGGACGCAGGACAUGCCUGAAUUGUGAAGCCGAGUUCGGAAUCCAACCCAUCAAUUUUUAUACUACAUUUCAGAACUACGAAUCUUAUGUGUACUGCCCACGUUGUAGUAAAAUAUAUACCGGAUGGAACUGGGAAACGGUGCUGGCAGAGCAUGAAAAUGAUCCGAAGCAUGGUGGAGCGCUGGGCGAAGAGUACCCUGGCGUGUAUAUCGAUCUAGAUUUUCUAAGUAACACUGAGGAGGCCAACUUACUGCAUGGUCUGGACGAGCUACCUUGGGAUGUUUCGCAAAGCGGCCGUCGGAAGCAAAACUUUGGACCAAAAACUAACUUCAAAAAGACACGCCUGAGAGCGGCCCAGUUUGCUGGAUUCCCUCGGGUGUCCGAGUUUGUUCAACGCCGAUUUGAGCAGGUUCCGUUGUUGAGAACAUUUCAAACCAUCGAGCAAUGCUCGCUGGAAUAUACACCCGAACGGGGGGCUUCCAUCGAUCCGCAUAUAGACGAUUGUUGGAUCUGGGGCGAGCGGAUAGUAACGGUUAACCUGCUCAGUGACUCCGUACUGACCAUGUCACCAUAUCGAUGCACGGAUGGGAAGCCCAAGUAUAAUCUGCAUCAUCUGGAUCACUACAGGCAGCACCUACUGGGAGCGCUGAUAGAUGAAAAAUUGAUGGCUGCGUAUGAGAACCGCAUCGUACGGAUACCAAUGCCAAGGCGGUCCUUGCUAGUACUUUAUGGUCCACCCCGCUACCAAUGGGAGCACGCGGUCUUACGAGAGGAUAUCAAAGAACGGCGUGUCUGUUUAGCGUAUCGCGAAUUCACUCCGAUGUACCUGCAAGGUGGAUGUGAAUUUAGCCAAAGCGAGGACAUUUUCGAACGCGCGAAACAAUUUUGGGAUCACCAGGCCGCAACAACGGAAAGCUAA